AUGACGGCGUCUGCCGCAGAACAUGCGGCGUUGCUAAACCGGCUUUGCACCGAAAUCCAUCUGGCGCAGCAGCAGCUGCGCCGUAGCCGUGAGGCGCGAAGCACAUACGGCGUGGCGUGCGACAACGCCGCGGCGUGCGCCGUGGGCAAAUCGCCGUCGCCGCCGCCGUCGCCGCCGCGGGAUGUGCGGCCGCAGCAGGAGGGUCUGUCGGCAAGUUUGCCCGGCACAGCGCACGACAAGGGGGUUUCCCCGCGCGCGGGCGAAACACGUGCACCGCCGGCGGGGGCGGCAACGGCGGCCCGCAAGGAGGGGACACUACUCCAUCUUGAGCGGGGGCCGCUCGGCCGCGAGAGGUUUGCUCCCCAUUUUGUCGUUAUUGAUGAGCACAAGGGUAUCGUGUGGUACCAAAGCGAGAGACACGCCCGCACCGCGCCGUCGCGGCCGCUUGGUCAAGUCCCGUUCUGGAAGGAGACACGCAACUCCCGCGGUAGCCGGUUUAAGAAGGCGGCUGUGUGCUGGCCCCUGAUCCUCCCGGAUGACUGCCCCAAAGCGGACGACCCGAAGAAAACGUACUUUGCAAUCGAGUACCUGAACGACAAGGGCAGCUACAGCAAACUUGUUUUUGCCGCCGAGAGCGCGGAAGAGCGCGAUGACUGGGUGCUCUUCAUCACACAGUUCCUCGAGAUGUUCUUGCCGCCGCGUGCGGAGUCGGAGGAGCUGCAGCACCUCCCACGCGGCGCAGCCGUCCCGCGCCACACUUCGGGGGGUUAUUUACGGGGAGGCGCCCGGCGGCAACGUGCCGUAGACGUCGUUUCUGCCCCAGCGUGGCGUCGUCGUGUGAACUCCCCCGCACCUCCUCCUUCGCCGCAUUGUGCACCCCAACCCCCGUCUGCCUUUUGUGGAUCCCUUUCCCUUCCUUCCUUCCUUCCUUCCUUCUUUUUUUUUGUGCCCCUCGUCCCACGCACGAUUGCUUGCCUUUUCUCUCUUUUCGCUACGGGCGCUGUCUCCCGUGUCGUAUUCCUCCCCCUUUGCUUCCUGCAAAGUCACCGUGUGUGUGCGUGUGUGAGGCGGCGGGUCAAGGCCAAAGGGGGUCGCAGCAACAAACCGGCGCGCUGUGUUUGUCCGGGGGGAGCCACGCGGGCAGCUUUGCUUCUCUUUACGGCGCCACAUGUCGCUCCCAAUCAUUCGUCUGCGCACCGUGAACUUGAACCACGCGACGGCGGCGGAGGACCCCGUCACGGCCUCCUGCACGCUCUACAGUUUCCUUCGCUCCGUUCCCAGUCGCUUUGA